UGGUCUGUAAGUCUAGGUUUGUAUGUUACGUCCUUGAAGGACGCAGACAGGAACCGAUUUCAUUUCCAAUCCUCUCCGUCUUGUUUCUUCCCGUCGUGUAUUUUUGUGGCGUUUGUGCUGAGUGAUACCAUUUGUGGUGAAUUCCUCGGCGUUCCGAGGACUACUUUAUCUGCGUGCUGGGAAGUGUGUCCGAUAUUUUUUUCUUUUAAAAAAAACCAGCGAUUAAUCCCAGAUAGCAUUGAGCGGGGGACAUGAUUUGAUUGAGCUGCCUUAUGGAUGCUGCCUGGGAGAAUACAACAUGACACUGAUUUUGUUCGAUUUUCGCGUUUACACAUUUGCCAAGUGGCCUAUUCCCUUGAAACAAUAAGACGUAAGUUUCUCGUGAAGUACUCGGUUGCUUCCAAGUCGAACUGUCCGAGUUCAAUACGACAAUCUGACGCAGCGCUGGUGGAGGAUGUCUUUAUAAUUUAUACACGGAAGAGGACGGGUCUCCGCCUGUGGACGGGCCCUCGGCUCGAUUUCCAUGACCAUCGGGCACCCCGCGAUGCCCCGUUCGACCAUGUGGUCUGCUCUGUGCUCGGACGGAGUGAUGUGAUUGAUAAGAGAGGGUGUGGUCGAAUGAUCAGGUGCGAAGGAGGACUUAGAGUAUUUCUGGAGCAUACUUGGCACCGUCCAGCGUCCAGCGUCCCUGGCAGGAUCCAUGGACCGGGAUUGGACGCCGUCACAGGGAUGAGCGGCACCUCGGCGACCGUGGGAGGGAAAUGAGCAGGAGACGAUAUUCUUAGAUCUUCUGGGCGACUGAAACGCCGAUCAGAGCGAACCAGAGCCAAACGCGCAGGGGGCGAACCCGCCGGGAUUGCGGCUGAUUGGCCCGCCGCGAAUUGGCCACCGUUGCCUUUGUUGUCAGGCAUCCGUUCCCGUCGUUGGGGGCGGAAUUCCUUACC